GGCAACAGCACUGUGUGCCUCCGCCAUCGCGGCCGCCCUGCAAUGGCCGCCCCACGUCCUGCUCCUCCGCUCCCUCCCCGUGCUGCACAGGAUCCGGAUUCGGCCCCCGAGAUGUCCCUGGGUCUGGAGGAGCAUCUGAGCAGGGCGUUCCAGGACAAGCUGCGGCUCCAGAUGGUGCCAGCAUGGGACUCAGCAUCUCUGCUGCCCUCCAGGCGCCUGCUGCUGAAAAGGAGAGAGGUGGUGGAGGUGGAGCGAGCCCUGCAGGCCCAGCGGGAGGACUUCCAGCAGCGGAUGGAGCACCUGGCACAGCGCCGGCAGCAGCUGGGCCAGCGGGAAGAGCAGCUCCGUGAUGACACCAUCAAAUUCAACGCCUUCCUUAAGGCCAUGUCAGCAAGGCGACAGCGGGCACAGCAGCGGGCAGGUGAGGAGCGGGCACGGGCAGCACAGCGCGGAGCCGAGGCCUUGAGGCUGCAGCAGGAGCUGGAGAGGCUGCAGCGGCGCAGGGAGCGACUGGGACAGCGCCUGCAGAGCCUCCGUGUCUUCGGUGACUUCCUGCAGGAUGUGCGGGCGGCCACAGGGCAGUUUCAGGACGUGCCAUCCAUGCUGGCCCAUUUCGGGGCGCUGGUGGAGGGCCGGGCGGUGCUGCUGCAGCAGGUGGAGGCCAGGCAGGCUGCGCUGGCCCAGGGCCGGGCACAGCUCCAGCAGUGCUGCGAGGAGGCUGACAGCGAGCUCACCAGCAGCAAUGAGGAGGCGCUCCAGCUCCAUGCGCGCCUGGAAGCCGCCCGCAGUGAUGUGCUGAAGGGGGAGACCCACUGGGCCCAGCUGCAGGGUGCGGCAGCCCAGACGACGCUGCUGCUGGGGCAGAUCCGGAUGGCAGUGCUGAGCCUCUUCCAGCUCACCUCCAUGAGGCUGGAGGUCCCCAAGGAUGUGGCCCUGGAGGACACAGAGGCACAGCUGGAUGUGGUGAGCGUGACCCAGCAGCUGUGGGGCUGGGAGGGACGUGGAUGUCCCUCUGACACAGAGGCCCCUGUGUCCCCAGCUGCUGCUCUGCAUGCAGGACCUGGCUGCCAUCUGUGCCGAGCUGGGGCUGUGUUCUCCUGUGCCUGCUACCACUGCCACACACCCACGGCGUCACAGAGCUGUCACUGUGCCUCCCAACCAGGAAUAGAUGGACUUAGGAUACAGUGGAGCACGAAAGUCACUCAACAUGUCCAGGGAAGGAUGAAGGGAAAUGCCCCAGUACAAAGCCUGGGCCACCGGUGCCCUCCUGCAAGGCACAUGGAUGGACAAAAGUAGAGCAGCUGCUCAUCUUCAGGCCGUUGGUACUGAUUAAAGCCUUUUCCCAUCAAAAUA